AAGGGAGACAACGGAGGGAAAAACUGAAUGCUUAUCCAUCUGAACCACUCAUGACACCAGCCAAUGAGCCACGAAAUGGUGUCUGUGGUUGUCCCCAGCACCUUCUCCAGCAUCACCAAGGUCUCAACUGCAGGGAGACCGUCGACGCCACAGUCAACCACAGCGUCUUCCCGCACCUCUCUUCAGCAAAUGUCAGCCACCACCCAGAUGCCUCAGACCUGGAGUGUAGGAACUCGCGGAGGAUCUGAAACCAUGAGCUCGGUGUCCUCCCAGGCGACCUACUCCUUCUCGGCGCUCACACCCCCACCUCUUCUAUCCACACCAAAGGGGCACACAUCUCCACAAACCGCCCACGCCCUGUCACCUUCACACACCAGCAAAACCCUCAUCUCCACCGCAUUCGGCGACAGCCACCAGAGCCACACAACAAUGGCCACCUUGUCACCUGGCACCAUAGGAGGGCCACCUGCUGUCGGUUCCACCACCUUGAGACCCGUGGCCUCCCAUUCCCCUGCCACAGUCUUGCCCACCAGUGGAGAAGUUCCGACAUCAAGCACGAGCUCAGCCACCGAAGACAACAUGGCCGCAGUGGUCAUUCCCCCUGUACAUUCCGACAGUGUCUCUUUGUUAAACACCACCCAAGUCCCUGCGUCCUCAGUGGCUGUCUCAAGCACUUCCAGCUCUCAGCAUCUUGCUACUACUACUCAUUCAUUAGACUCCAGUGACAACUCCACAAGAAAUUCAAUAGAUGUAAGUUUUGCAGUCAAUGACAGCAGGAGCACUGGUUCUGCACUGACAUCAUCAAUUUCACCUACAAUGUAUCCUCUGGUCAAGACCACCCUUCAAACUCCUGUAGCAUCCUCCAGUCCUGUCGGCCUCUGGAGCUCCAGCACCCUAUCCACAGGUCUCAACUCUCCUUUGUCUGUUACCAGCAUGUCCUCACCUUCCCCAGCAUCUUCACAGUCCCCUGUGAAGCCUGAGGCUUCAGUAACAAGCACAGCCUCACUGAGGACGGACAGUGGGAGCAGCACAGCAACACCGUUACCCUGGACAACCUCCCAGACCCUUCCCACCUCCACCCCCAGCCAUCCAACAGCUUUCCCAGUCCCUCCGCAGCCGCAGAAAGGCGUUUCCCUCUUCCGCUAUGGGCCGCGCGUCGGAGACCGGAAGCUUGUCAGGAGGACUCAGGACUUCACCUCACGGCUCUUCCAGCCCCAGAUCGGCUUCCCCCUGGGCUCCUCUCUCCGGAAUUCCCUCUACUUCACAGAUAAUGGCCAGAUCAUUUUCCCAGACUCAGACUACCAGAUUUUCUCCUACCCCCACCCACUCCAAAGACGCUUCACAGGCUGGGAACUUGUGGCCCUGGUGGCUCCGUUUUGGGACGAUGCUGACUUCUCCAGCGGCUGGGGAACCACAUAUUACCAGGAAUACGUGACACUCUAUGGUGAAUAUCACCCACUAGUCCGGCAGGUGGAGUCUUUGAUUAAAAAGUUCACAAACUCCAAGGACUACAAAGCCAGGUGGACCCUGAAGGUCACGUGGGUCAAUGCCCCCGCCUACCCCGCCAAGUGGACCUUCGGGACCAACACCUACCAGGCCAUCCUCUCCACGGAUGGAAGCAGGUCCUACGCCCUGUUCCUCUACCAGAGCGGCGGGAUGCGAUGGGAUGUGACCCAGCGCUUAGGCACCUCCGUCCUCAUGGGCUUCUCCAGUGGAGACGGGUAUUUCAAAAACAGCCCACUGAUGUCCCGGCCACUGUGGGAGAGGUAUCGUCCAGACCAAUUCCUGGAUUCCAACUCAGGCCUCCGGGGGCUGCAAAUCUACCGGCUACACAGGGAGCAAAGGCCCAACUACCGUCUCAUGUGCCUGCAGUGGUUGAAGAGCUCACCUCAGCGGCCCAGGUGGGGCAGGAACCAGAUCUCCUGCCCUUGCUCCUGGCAGCAGGGACUUUGGGACUUACGAUUCCAGCCCAUCAGCAUAGGCAGGUGGGGCCGGAGCGGCAAGCAGCUGUGCCGCUUCUCCUCCUGGCAGGGAGGCGUGUGCUGCAGCUACGGGCUCUGGGGAGAGCUUCGAGAAGGCUGGAGAGUGCAGAGCCCUUGGCAGUUUGACCGCGAACUGGAGCCGUAUAACUGGUGCUGCCGCUGGAAUGACAAGCCCUACCUCUGCACCCAGUACCGGCAGAGGCGUCCCUGCAUUGGCUGUGCUGGAUACAGGCCCCCACGGCCAGCCUGGCUGUUUGGGGACCCCCACAUCACUACUUUGGAUGGUGUCAAUUACACCUUCAAUGGGCUGGGGGACUUCCUGCUGGUCCGGGCCUGGGAUGGAAACUCCUCCUUCCUGCUGCAGGGCCGCACUGCCCAGAUGGGCUCUGUCCAGGCCACCAACUUCAUUGCCUUUGCAGCUCAGUACCACUCCAGCAGCCUGGGCCCCAUCACAGUUCAAUGGUUCCUUGAGCCCAAUGACACUAUCCGUGUUCUGCUCAAUAACCAGACUGUGACAUUUGAGACUAAGCAUGAAGAUGGAGAAGACUGGGAGAUAUUCAAUGCCACUGGGAUCUUCCUGACCCGCAACAGCUCCCUGGUGUCAGCCAGCUUCGAUGGGACAACAGCCAUCACAGUCACUGCUCUCUCCAACAUCCUCCAUGCCUCCUCCAGCCUCCCAGAGGAGUAUCAAAACCACACAGAAGGCCUCUUGGGGGUCUGGAACGACAAUCCAGAAGAUGACUUCAGGAUGCCCAAUGGCUCCACCCUUUCCCCAGAGAGCUCUGAGGAGACGCUUUUUCACUACGGAAUGACCUGGAAAAUCAAUGAAACAAGCCUCCUUGGCGAGAGGAAAGACCAUCUGCCCUCCAACUUCACCCCUGUCUUCUUUUCCCAACUGUGGAGAAACAAAUCCUUGCAUGAAAAUGUCGUCUCCAGCUGUAAUGGGCAGAGACAGUGCAUCUAUGACGCCCUGCUCACCGGUGACACAAGCACUGGACUUCACACGAUGAUGCUCUUUAAAAGAUACCAGGAGAUGAACACCACCCUCAAUAAGUACCCACCCACUAUUAAUGGAUCUCAUGUGCUUGAAGCCUACCGAGGGCAGACCAGGCUGUUUCAGUACACCAGCAACGCUGAGGAUGUCACAUUCUCUCUUGGAAACAACUGUGCUGAUGUUAAGCUCUUUGAGAAUGGAACAUUGCUAUGGACACCAAAGUCAUUGACACCAUUCAAUCUGGAGAUUCUAGCAAGAAGCGCCAAGGUUGGCUUGUCAUCCCUACUCCAGCCCAAGACCGUGGUCUGCAAUUGCAGUGCAGAGAGCCAGUGUGUAUAUAACAUGACCAGCAGGGUGGGCAAUUCCUCUCUGGAGAUGGCUGGUUGCAAAUGUGAUGGGGACACCUUUGGCCUCUACUGCGAACGCUCCAAGGACCCCUGUGAGGAGCAAUGCUUCCCGAAUGUCAGCUGCAUUCCUGGGCAGGGCUGCGAGGCCUGCCCUCCAAACCUCACUGGGGAUGGGCGUCACUGUGCAGCUCUGGAGAACUCUUUCCUCUGUCAGAACAAGUCUUGUCCUGUGAACUACUGCUACAACCACGGCCACUGCUACAUCUCCCAGACUCUGGGCUGUGAACCCACAUGUACCUGCCCCCCGGCCUUCACCGACACCCGCUGCUUCCUGGCUGGGAACAACUUCACUCCAACGGCGAGUCCAGAGCUUCCCUUAAGAGUCAUCCAGAUCUCACUCAGUGAAGACCAAAAUGCCUCCAUGACAGAUGUCAACGCCUCGGUGGCAUACAGACUGGGGACCCUGGCGGUGCGGGCCUUUCUCCAGAACAGCAAAGUGGAGCUAAUCCGUUCCCUAGCACCAGCCUCAGGAAGCUCCACUCAACACUGGAAGGUCAUCUCAGAGUUCCAGUACCGCCCCUGGGGCCCUGUCAUUCACUUCUUGAACAACCAGCUGCUGGGCGCAGUGGUGGAGGCAUUCUUACACCAGGUGCCGGCCAGGAGGUCAAAGAGGAGUGAGGGGUCCAGGAACAAUGUGGUCUUCCACCCCAUCUCCAGAGAAGACGUGCGUGAUGAGAUGGCUCUGAACUUGAGCACGCUGAAGACUUACUUCAGCUGUAGUGGCUACAAGGGCUACCACAUGGUCUACAGCCCCGAGAGCGGCCUCACCUGCGUGUCCCCGUGCAGUGAGGGCUUCUGUGAUCACGGUGGCCAGUGCCAGCACCUGCCGGAUGGGCCCCGCUGCAGCUGUGUGUCCUUCACCAUCUACACCGCCUGGGGCGAGCGCUGUGAGCACCUGAGUGUGAAACUCGGCGCGUUCUUCGGGAUCCUCUUUGGGGCCCUGAGCGUCCUCUUGGUGCUCGGGGUCGCGGUCUUUGUGGUCCUGCGCUUCUGGGGCUGCUCCGGGACCAAGUACUACGACUACCGCCUGGACUCGGAAAGCUGAGGCCUCGCCCAAAGGGACAGCUGUGGCCUAGGAUACCUCAGGGCCCACCCCAUCCUCGCCGCACACUUCAGGAGCCAUUGCUUUGCGGAGGCGGAAGGGGAAGGUGACUGAAGAUGAUCGGGAUUCUUCAAAGAGAAUGAAUAACGGGUAUAAGGACAACACUGCCUGUCAGUAGGCACAGGCACACGGGAAGAGGCCAUAAAGACCAAAUACACGAAUGGAUGGGGUCUUCACACACACACACACACACACACACACACACACUCACAGGGAAGACACUGGCCUAUGCACACACACAUACACACAUCACACAGCAGAAUUAAUAAUGGUGUGAUAGCCUUAAUUUAAGCACAGUGCUUCUGCACACAAAACUCUGGUUUACUUCUAAUUAAAGUCUAUUUAAAUAAA